AUGAGUACCCAGCAAGAGUCAUCGGAAAAGACCGUUGCAACGACCCAGCCGGAGAUUGCAAGUCCCGGGGUUCAGUUGACCGAAUUGCUCACUAAAUUUGGGGAGAUGGCAUCUGAAAUGGCCGCCCAAAAGAAACUGAUCGAUGAGCUCCCUCAGGGUGAUCCAAACAUGCAUGUAAAUCCACCGACUUUUUUCCAAACUACCGCAGAGCCCGUUGUGCCGGAGCACGUUUUUCAAAACAAGCCAGAAAUGGGAGAGUCAUCUGCCCCGGUUGAUCUAAAGUUGCUUAAGCGAUUGGAUCGUUUCGAUGAAUUCAUCCGCAAGAGCCAAGGUUUAAGCAAGCAAGGGGUGCUGGACUACGAUGAUUUGUACCUAUUUCCAAACGUACAACUGCCGGUGGGGUUCAAGACCCCGAAGUUCAACAAAUAUGAUGGUACCAGCAACCCUAAAACGCACCUGCGCUUGUUUGCUAACAAGUUGGGCAAGCCAGUGGAUGACGAGAAUUUGCCGUUGAGAUUAUUUCCAGAAAGCUUAGAAGGGGAUGCUCUCGAUUGGUACUCCAACCUAAAGCCAGAGGAAGUGAAGACCUGGCUCGAUCUGUCCAAUGCCUUCAUUCGACAAUAUGAGUAUAACUGUGAGCUAGCGCCAACCCGGACUACUCUGGAAGGAACGAAAAGGAAGCCUUCUGAGGACCACAAGACCUAUGCUAAGAGGUGGAGAAAGAUAGCUGCUAAGGUCGAGCCACCAAUGACCGAGGAUGAAAUCAUACAAUUUGACGACUUUGUAAGAGCUGGGAAAAUUGUUAAUGUAUCUGCCCUGAAAUCGCAAGUAGAAGCUUUGCAAGGGCGAGGAAGCAGUGAAAAGAAACCACCAUUCAAAAAGAAAGAAGGAGAUACAACCUUUGUUUGGAACCACAACCUUUCACCCCGACCCCGAUGCCAACACAACCCAACCUACCAACAACCUUACCCUUACUACUAUUCAAGCCCAAACCAUGUAUAUACUACCAAUAUCCACCACCCUCGACCUCGUCCAAACUAUACUAACCCACCUUUAGCCCCUUUCCAAAUUUCCCAACCAAAUCCACCCCAAAACCGACUUUGUCCACCAUAUAACCCAAGAUUUCCUCCUCCAAAUAGACCUGUUUACAAUCAUCCUCAACCUCAUGAACCUUACAACCGACCCCCAAGCCGUACUUUUACCAAUUUAGGUAGGCCUUUAGACCAACUGUACGACCAGUUAAAGGCCUCCGGAAAAAUUGGUACAGUACCACCUCCUACCUAUCCGUAUGGCAUGCCCGCUUGGUAUAACCCGCAAGCUGUUUGCGCAUAUCAUUCAGGGGCACCUGGGCAUGCAACUUUGGAUUGUAAGGCGCUAAAGCAUAAAGUUCAGGAUAUGGUUGAGUCUGGAGAAAUCGUGAUCAGAAAGAGGGAGCCGCAAGGGCCAAACGUAAAUCAAAACCCCUUGCCAGAGCACGUUGGGGUUAUUAUGGACGAUGCGGAGUACGAGGAACAAAUUAAGAAAUUGGCAAUAGAAGCUGAAGUGUUUGGGGUCACGGACCGACCGUUUGUCAUAGAGUUGCCAUUCGAAGAAGAUAACAAGCCUUUUGUCUUAGAUCUCACGCCAGCGGAGAAUGAAGCUUUGGAACCAGUAGUCAUCGAAUUCCCGAAGCAGGAGCCCGUAUUAAGUCUGCAACAAGUGCCGUGGAAUUACGAUGAGCCUAGCAUACAGAUCGGGGAAAAUUCAACUGCAAAGAAGGAAGUGUCAGUAGUUACUAGAUCGGGGAAGACUGUAAAUCCAUUUGAGACUACUACUCCAAUUCAAGCCAAUAGUUCUGAGCCACCCCUCAAACCAACAAUUACCGAGAAAGAAGCCGUGGAUUUCCUUAAACGAUUCCAGAGAAGUGAAUACAACAUAGUGGAAAAGCUAAGCAAAUCACCUGCCCAGAUAACCAUGUUGGACCUACUUUUCUCCUCGGACGUGCAUAGGGAUGCAUUGAUCGAUGUAUUAACAAGAGCUCAAAUUCCGAGAGACAUUUCUGUUGAUAAUUUUUCAAACGUGGUGGGGAGUGUAUUAUUCAAGAAGCAAAUUGCUUUUUCUGAUGAUGAAUUGCCGACGGAGGGCAUUGGACAUAAUAAGGCGUUGUACAUAACAGUGAGGUGCAACGGAAAAAUGCUGCCUAAGGUGUUAAUCGAUAAUGGAUCCGCACUGAAUAUCUGUCCGUGGAGUACCUUAGAGAAACUAGGGUUGCAAGACAUCAAGCUGAGGCCUUCAGGGACUAUCGUUCGAGGGUUUGAUGGAGCUCAAAGGGAGCCGAUAGGAGAGGCAGAUUUAUCUGGGGCCGUGCCGUCUUCGUUGCAUCAAUUACUCAAGUUCGUGGUAAAUGACAAGCUAAUCACUAUCUUUGCUGAAGAGGACUGCCUGGUGAUCACCGAUUCUGGAGUUAAAGAGGAGGGUAGUCAAAGUGUUACCAUGUCCCCUCACAGCACAUCCGAUAUAGUCUCCGUAAGUUGGAUAACCACGGAGGAACAAACUCCCUCAAAAGCCAGUGUAAUGAUGGCCAGAGAAAUGAUUCGUGGAGGAUACAAAUUCGACAAGGGUUUGGGGCGUGAACUGCAAGGGAUCCUGAAGCCAGUGAAGAUAGUAGAAAAGAGAGAUACCUUCGGUUUGGGUUUCAGACCAACCGCCAAGGAUUUCAAGGAGAUGAAAGAGCGUAAAAGAGCAGAAAAGGAGGGCCGGCAAAGGGUUUUCGAUAUUCCACCACUGUGGUAUACUUUUCCCCGGCCAACUGAAAUAAUCACAUCAGAGGGUAAUUCAACUGAAGAAAUCGAGAAUAGUUUGUCCCAAUUGUUCGUUGGGGCAAUAUUUGAAGACAAUUUCCCGAGCGAGGCCGAAUUUCCUGACAUCCCUGAGGGGUCUAUUUCUAAUUGGACUGCCGAGUUCCUGCCUGUUCAGAAGGAGUUUCGGUAA